GCACAAGUGGGUAACAAGUACUUUCAUUUUAUUUUCAUUCAGUGCCACACUACUUCCAAAUUCUGAACACAAAUUUUAGUGCUUGUAAAAAUAUAAAUUUUAAAAUGGCUUUAAAUAAAAUUGAAGGUGUAACAAAUAUUUCAAAAAAUCUUAAUAAUUGGCGUAAUGUCGUUGUGUUUGUGUGUCAGAAGUCACGAAAUGCCCAUGGCGUGUCGCCCAAAGUGGCCGAAGAAAAGGCUGCUAUAAGCGAUGCUGCUCCGGGGAAAUCUAUGACGAAGACUACAUCGUUUUCCAAGAACUCACCAGUAAGAUUGUUUUUCGAGACAGCUCCAAAGCCGACUCAUGACAGGACCAUCGAACUGAAGAAGGCUGCCGCCCAGCUAAGUCGCAGCAACGACACUCUCAGAGCCCAUUACCAACAGAAGCGAAAUACCUUGAAAAUGGUAAAGGAGGAGGUGAAGCCGCAGACUAGUUCGAAGCUCACCGAUCUGAUGGCCCAGAAUGUCUCAACCACGGAGACCAGCCAGCAGGCACCUAAGAAACUCGCCAGCAAGAGUGAGGAUUUGAAUGCGAGUCCUACCAGCUUUGUAGAUUUUAAGCCGCAAAAGAGGAAUUCAGGGUCUUGGCAGAUCACAAAAUCUCCCAUUAAGGUCAAGAAAUCAAAGUCUGAGAAGAAGAUGCGUCAAGAGUGUCCAAAGAGACCAGUGGAAGGUGAUAAUAUUAUAUCCACUUUAAGAUCACCUCAACCAAAUAAUCGGGAAAGCAGAAAUUUAAAUUCUAAAAGCCUGAACAACUUGCAUAUGGGUGAGGUUGGGCAGAACCAAAGGCGCCCAGAGAGUUUUACCAGUUCCAGUAAUCCAUGGAAAUUCGGUUCUGUAUCCAUACCCCGUUUAAACAUUUAGAUUAUGUAUGGAUUAUUUUGAAAUCUAUUUUGGUAUAAUUUCGUUUUAAAUUCGUAAUGUGGAGACCCAAAAUUCAAAUCAGCAUUGCCAGUGAGGUGCAGUGUUCAAAAUUAUAUCGAAAGGAUACAGUCCAAAUGAAAAAAAGUCCUUGGAUACUGAUUGGAUUUUUAAAAGAUUUUUGCAAUUUAAUACAAUUGAUUUAAAUUUGAUUAUUUUGGCGGACCAGUAUGCCAAUCAAGUAUCAAAUUUAAGAAAAUAAAGUUAUGGCACCGAA